AUCAUUGUGUGCCCAAAGGAUCGCGGGGCUGAAGUGAGCUAACUCCACUGUUGACAUUGUAAAUCAUGAAUGAAUGUCAAAGGAUUGCGGAGGACCUGAUUGCCGCUACCGAAUGAAUUGUUUUGGUGUGUCAAUUAUCCGCGGUGACGACCUUCAGUUAAAGCGAUACUACCGUAGCCUAAUGUACCGGUGAUAAUCUAUCUGACAGUGCGAGCCUCCCAAUGACAGCUAACCAAGUAAUGCAGCGGAACGUGCGCGUGCUUUUCUUGUUUUGGUAAACGCGAGAUGAAGUCACCUGGAGUGAAAACUCUAGUGGUUUGUGUAUUUAGGGAAUAUGCAAUGAGCAUGACACCAAAAUGACUUUAUUUUUCCCUUUCGGACUUUAACCCAUCGCUUCAGAAUAUCCAUUACGGAAUGCAACAUAAUCGGUGACCAAGGAUACUGGAGUACUUGCUGGCUGCCAUCUGCUCAAGCAAUAUGCAAUUACAAUUUACCCAAAUUCUUCAUAGUCCUACUGAAGCAACAACGCUGGUCGGGUUAUGAAAUAAAAAUAGUCAUUAUGUCAAGAGUAUUGGAUUUUGUGAGCAUCUUACUUGCUGCUGUGUGCGUUUCCCUGCAGGCUACCAGUGCCAAUAUUAGUAUUUCCUUAAUGACUGCCUAUCUGUUGUUUUUAUGAAGUUUUAGUGGUAUUUAUUUAUCUUCUGACGAGAGAGAAAGAGGACUGUUACAUGCAAUAUAUUCCCACCUUCAAUGAUCUUACACACAGAGUUUUAAAGGGAUUCUUCCGAUGGAUGAGCAUUAGUCAUAUUGGAGCUAAUAGCAUCCUCUCAUUCACCUCCAUCAAUCAAAUGUUAUUUAUUAUUUAUAGGACACUUGACAGUAAACAGCCAGAACCUUUGUUUUUAUCAUUAAAAACAAAGGUUAUUUCACCAUUAGACUAACUAAGCUAAGGUGAUUGGCCUCCGUCUGAGUGUGUGUGUGGAAUGCUGGAUAUCAGAAUGAAGGAGGCGUGUCGUAUCUGCGCUCGUGAGCUCUGCGGUAACCAACGCCGGUGGAUCUUCCACCCCGCCUCCAAACUCAACCUCCAAGUGCUUCUGUCCCACGCCCUGGGGCGAGAGCUGACCCGGGACGGGCGCGGCGAAUUUGCCUGCUCCAAGUGUGCCUUCAUACUGGAGCGUAUGUAUAGGUUUGAUACGGUCGUCGCCCGCGUGGAGGCUCUGUCUAUCGAACGGCUGCAGAGGCUGCUCCAGGAGAAACACCGGCUACGGGGUCUCAUCGGAGGCCUCUACCGGAAGACCAACGGGGAGGAGGGUGGCAGUGGUGGAGGGGUCAUUACCAGGCCUGGGGGUACGGGAGGAGGGGUACAGGGGGAAGGUAUGGUGGACAUGUCUGGUCUGACCCAUGCUAAGUACUGUGCUCUGCUCCAGGAGGACUUGGUGUACUCUCUGUAUGAGUCCUGGGCUGAAGAGGGGUUGGAGUUCGGUGGUCACCACCAUCCUCAUCAUGGGCAUCGCCCUCAAUACCCAGGGUCAGAGGUGACGGCUGUAGGGUCACAACGCUGUGGGAAAGUCACACCUUCACGUAGGAAGUGCCAAGGGUGCACAGCGUGGCGAGUCGUGGACUCGGACUAUGAGGCUGUGUGUAAAGUACCAAGGAAGUUGGCACGAAGUAUUUCCUGUAGCCCAUCGACGAGGUAUUCGGCCAGUGUGAUUGGAGUAGAAAGAGGUAGAGAAGGGGAGGAAGAGCCAGAGGGGACCCACUCCUCGCUCACACUGAUCCCUGGGUCCAAGCUUCAGUCCCGGGCUUCCGACAGUGACCGUACCCUGGCGGGUCGAGCCAGCUCCAGCCCCUCCAUAGACUCCUUGGACAUAGCUGGAGAAUCUACCCGGCUGUCUGCUAUCCAAGACGGGGCCGAGGGGCUAGGGUACUCCCGGGACCCCCUGGAUGACCGGUUCUCUGACUCCCUGUCUGAGGAGCACGACCUGGUGACCGCGCUGAGAUCCGCAUCCCACCUCUCCCUGGCCCUCUGCCUGGUCCAGAAUUGUGUGUACCGGCCUGUCCAGAGCCCCAAGGGAAGCAGAUUGCCUGUGCUGCUCAGACAGAGCCCCAGCGAUGGAGGCUCUAGACUUAGCUUCUAUGAGCCGGCCUUGGGGUUGCUGCAUCGAGGUCCGAAUGGAGAGGGGGAGAUCCAUGGCCAUGUACCUGACGUGGAGGCCCCUCUGAUCAGGCUGGACAGUGAGAUGGAUGGGGGUCUGGACCUGGCUGAGAUGGAGGAGCUGUGGGAGGAUCUGUAUCAUGAGUGUCCUCCCCCACGCCCCCACCAGACUCUGAUCGAGGAGCAGCAUAGCCAGUUGAACCAGUAUGAAUGUGCAGCAGGUCAGUGUAUCAGUGAGCUGCAGAAGGCCCAGCUCCAGGUCCAGUCCCUGCAGACCAAGAUCCAGGAGAGCGAGGCCAACAACACGAAGCUGCAGGAGAAGCUCAGUGAGAUGGAGUGUGAUCUGCGUUCUAUCCGUCAGGCAGCUCAGAACCAGGAACACACCAUCCAGGGCCUGACCGACUCUGUCAGUACCAAGGACAACGAGGCCAAGGAGCUGUACCAGUUAAUUGAAGGGCAGAACACCACACUGUGUAAACUGAGAGAGAUGGCCCACCACAACCAGAUCACGCAACAUCAGGUGAGACCUCACACACCCCAGACAGAUCCUGAUGAAACACUGAGAGAGAUGGCCCACCACAACCAGAUCACGCAACAUCAGGUGAGACCUCACACACCCCAGACAGAUCCUGAUGAAACACUGAGAGAGAUGGCCCACCACAACCAGAUCACACAACAUCAGGUGAGACCUCACACACCCCAGACAGAUCCUGAUGAAACACUGAGAGAGAUGGCCCACCACAACCAGAUCACACAACAUCAGGUGAGACCUCACACACCCCAGACAGAUCCUGAUGAAACACUGAGAGAGAUGGCCCACCACAACCAGAUCACACAACAUCAGGUGAGACCUCACACACCCCAGACAGAUCCUGAUGAAACACUGAGAGAGAUGGCCCACCACAACCAGAUCACACAACAUCAGGUGAAACCUCACACACCCCAGACAGAUCCUGAUGAAACACUGAGAGAGAUGGCCCACCACAACCAGAUCACACAACAUCAGGUGAAACCUCACACACCCCAGACAGAUCCUGAUGAAACACUGAGAGAGAUGGCCCACCACAACCAGAUCACGCAACAUCAGGCUCCAGAGGGGGGAAGUGAGGUUGCGGGUCUAGCCCAGCUGCAGGGUGAGUUAGUGGGGGUACAGAGCUCUCUGUUUACCCUGGGUCUGGAGCUGGAAGCCAGUCAUAGAGCGCAAAGACAGAGCCAGAGACAGGCUGAGGACCUGACCAGAGCUAAAGACAGACUCCACUCUGACCUAAAGGAGGCACUGCAGCAUAGGGAGGUCACCGACAAACACAACCAGGACUUGCUCAGUGCCCUGGCUCAGUCCCGCUCUGCGCUGCAGGCUAAAGAGGCUCAGCAGAAGGAGAGCGAGGCAGAGAAACACAUGGAGGUUCAGGAGAGAGACAAGACCAUCACACAGCUCAAACUCUCCCUACAGGACAAGGAGAGCCAGCUACAGGAGUACUCGGAGCUCCUGGAAUCUGUAGACAGCUCCAGACCCAGAGAUAUUCUGAUGGACAAACUGAGAGAACGCAUCAAGGACAGGGACAGAGCACUGGAGCGGUCUAUAGAUGAGAAGUUCCGUUGUCUGGAGGAGAGGGAGGAGCAGGUGAGGAGACUACAGCUGGCCCUCCGAGAGAAAGAACGAGACCUGGAGAGACUACGCUGCAUACUGCUCAACAACCAGGAGACCAUCACGAGUCUGGAUGCAUUGGUGCGGGGUAAGGAGCUGGACGUGGAGCAGGCAGCAGAAGCCCACAGGAACCUGCAGUGGCUCCAGCAGCAGAGUGAGGAGAGAGAGAAGAGCACUCUGAGAGAGAGAGACACACUCAUCAACCAGCUACAGUCUGCCCUGCAGACACACAGCCGGGAGACACAGGACCUGACAGCAGCCCUCCUGGCUAAGGUCCAGGCAGGCCCCAGUGAGGUGGUGGAGGAGCUGAAGGCUCGCCUCGCACUGAAGGAGAAACUGUUCCAGGAACUUCUGUCAGACCGCAACCGCCAGAGCCACGAACACCAAGCACAGGUCCAGGACCUGCUCAGCACCAUCAGCACCAAGGACAAGUACAUACAGGACUGCUCUGAUAGGCUCUCCCAGGUGAUUGGCGAGCGGACGGGCCAGCUGCAGGAGCUGCACAGGCAGCUGUCAUCACGGGAACGGGAGAUGGGUGAGCUGCGGAAGGAGAGAGAGAGGGAGAGAACGGGAGAGGCAGAGCGACUGCAGAACCUACUAAAAGAGAAAGAGACUUUUAUCCAGAGUCUGAUGCAGGGACAGGAGGAGAGCAUGGAGCCCUCCACACCAGAGGGGGCAGCAGAGGUACAUGCCAUCCAGGAAGAGCUGGAGCUGGUCAGGAAGAAAGAGAGGGAGGCUCAGCUGGAGCUCUCAGCCCUGCGCUCAGCUCUCACACAGGGCCAGCAGCAGGCCCAAAAGCAGGAGGAUAGAUUUAAGAUCCUGGCCCCAGAAAUAACAGUCAGGGACCAGCCCUCCAGCACUGACCACCAGAGUGUGUUGGAACAGUUGGUCAAUGAGUACCACAGGCUGAACAAUGCUUUGAGGGCAGAGAAGAGGCUGUACCAGAGUCUGAGCCACAUCCAGACUAGAGGAGACAGCAGCUCAGAGAAGACCCAGGCCCUGCUCACAGAACUGGACUCUGUUCAGGCAUUGCGAGGGCAACUGGAGGAGGUCCUAACCAGGACCCGGAAGACCGCCCUGGCACUGGAGAGGGCAGCUAAGAGGCAGUCUGACUUUGGAGAGCUCAGCACGGAGGAAGAAGAAGAGGAGGGAGAUGAUGAAGAGGGCAGCACUGAUGAGUUCUCAGACAGUAUUGAAGACGAUGAAGAUAAACUGACUGCCAAAAGUCUGGCCUCCACUAAGAACUCUGUGGUGGCCUGUGGGCAGGGGGUGCUGUCUGGAGGACCUUUGAGCGGAGCACUGUCCCAGGGGGCAGAGGGGCAGGGACAGCAGCUGGCUGAACAGAAGAGGGCACUAGAAGAAGAAGUGGCGGAGAUGAGAACACAGCUGGAGACAACCGGCUGCUCCUCCCUAGCCCAGAUGAGGAGAACACUGCAGAAGCUACAACAAGAGAAUGAAGCCCUGAAAGAUAGCCAAGGGGGAUUACCGGGUCUAGGAACUCUGGAGGAUCCAACAGACAUCUGCCAAGGAUGGGGACAGGAGGAGGAGGAGGAGGAGGCACAAUCAACAGUGGUACCCACCCAGGGCAACCAUGGCCCCCCAGCAGUGAGGAUGAGAGAGGGGAGGGGGAACAGACAGUAUACCAGACCUCACUCCCUAGACCUGGGGACUCUCCUCUCCCAUCACCAGCCAGACCAAACAGAAAAGGAGGCUGAAUCUGAUGACGUCACCGGCGAUGUGGGCGGGUUCUGGCAGCAUAUGGAUGCGGGUCUCCGUGAGCAGGCGGCGCAUCUGCGUUCUGAUUUGGCGCUGAGCAGACAGGAGAGCAGAGAGCUGCAGGAGAGACUCAUGGUGUCUGAGGCCACAGUACAUGCACAGGCUGAACAACUCAAAGACUACAGGGAACUACUCACAGAGACAACAGUUGAGCAGGACAGUAAGCAGGUCCAGGUGGACCUACAGGACCUGGGCUAUGAGACCUGUGGCCGUAGUGAGAACGAGGCAGACAGAGAGGCCAGCAGUCCAGAGUUUGAUGAUCUGGAGAUGUGUACGUCACUGAGCCACCGGCAGGACUACGAGAGUGCCGGAGUUUGGUUCCAUGGCGAUGGGAGUGUGGGCGGAGCUUUUGAUGAAGGCGAGGAGCCAGGGGCAGAAUCCUUACAGCAAUUGGUCCUGGACCUGCGUUCUCAGCUGACUCGCUGCCACAAGGUGAUUCGUGGGUUGCAGCUACGUGUGCGUUCACUAUCCACCACCAGUGACUACGCAUCCAGUCUGGAACGCACCCCACGCAAGGUGAAUUGGGCAUUUGAGGCGUCCCCGGCCCUCAGCGGUGUAGAAGACGAUGAGGGCUGGAUGUCCGACAGCCUGGGGCCUCGCAUGGAACCCAAGCCCAGCCGAGAGCUGCGAGAGCUGGUGUCCCGAGUAGCCUCACUGGAGGCCCAACUCAAGAGCUCCAGGCUGGAGGGGAAAGGAGGGGUGGUGGAGGAGGGGAAGUGUGCUACCUGGCCCGGGAAAUACAACACCCUGAUCCAGGCUCAGGCCAGGGAGCUGUCCCACCUGCGUCAGAGGAUGAGGGAGGGCCGUGGUGUCUGUCACAUACUCACACAACACCUGGGAGACACCACCAAGGGCUUUGAGGAGCUGCUGCGUGCCAACGACAUUGACUACUACAUGGGACAGAGCUUCAGAGAGCAGCUGGCACAGAGCACUGCCCUGGCACAACGAAUGGGCACCAAGAUCAGUGGACGUGACCGCGCUGAGCUACAUGAUGAUAAGAUGGGCCAUGAGCUGCUUGCUUUGCGGCUGAGUAAGGAGCUCCAGCAGAAGGAUAAGAUAAUCGAGUCGCUCCACACCAAACUCCAGCAGCGUCCUGACACCCCCUCCAGCAGCCAUGCCCUCUCAGAGACCACCGACCAAUCAGACAGAACCUCCUUUGUGUCAGACGAGUGCCGGACCAAUGAGGACCUGGAGCUGUGCUCAGAUGUGGAUGCUGGCAGCGAAUACGCUCAAGAAGUGAAGGGACAGGGGGCGGGACAUGGCCCAGGAAGCACAGACGUCCACCCCUCCCUCCCUCCAUCCUCUCUUAAGUCCUCCAGCAGCUGUCCCAACAUGCUAUACUCCACUCCCGUGGAGUCAGCCAGUCAGACUGGUCCUGUGUCCUGCUCCCUACCCACCUCCCAGUCCCUCCCCAGGCUUUACCCUAGACAUGACCUCUGGGGUCAACAUAUGACCUUUGACCCCGCGACCAGGACCUUCCCUAUGGAAGCGGUGCAACAGCAGCUGGAUACCCUGCACAGACAGAUGACUAUGAAUAAGAGCUUUGUGGUUCCUCACGCCAAGGCCCGGACGACCGCCCCACCAACCGCUCAUCACCAGCCUGACCAUUCCACUUACAGACAGAUUACCCACCAUGCCUUUUACCCACACCAGCUAGGCGGCCGACCCGCAGGCCCCGCCCUGAAGGCAGACGGAGAUCUGGUGGAGAGUGGUGCAUUGUGGGAUAUGGAGAACAUGGCUCAGCCAAUCAGGGUUGGGUCAUCAGGAUACUAUUCAGGAAACAGCUUUACUGGUGUGGACGUGAUCAAGGAGCACCUGAGGGAGGUGCAGUGUCUGCGUCAGCACCUGGAGGAGUCCAUCAGGACCAAUGAGAGGCUCAGACAGCAGCUGGAGGAACGCCUUUCCACCACCGGCCGUGACGGCGCAGCUCCCACCAACAUCUACAUCCAGAGCCUGGACUCUGUCUGCCAGCUGUCCAAUGAGAUCAGAGUCCUGAAAGAGGAGAACCUGGCUCUCCAGGCACGCCUGCAGGCCAGCUCAGAAACGUGUGAGGAGGCGGAGCAGCUGCGUGAGGUGGCGGUGACGGGGCGUGCCCGUCUGAAGCAGGCGGAGCUGGAGGCGGAACAGUGGAAGGAGGAGCUACGCCGGCUGCAGACACACAGCCAGGAGCAGGGACAGCAAAUUCACACACUCAGACAGGAGAGGCAGAACAGCCAUGACAAGAACAAUAGGCUCCAGCAUGAGGUGUCCCUGCUGCAGCAGCAGUUGUGUGAGAGCAAGGAGCUGCUCCACUCUCUGCAGAGUGAGCUGCAGGUCUACCACAGAGUGUGUGUCAACGCCAAGGGCAACCCAGAGUUUCUGUGUGAGGGCCAGUACGGUAGGGUCCCUGCCCUGCCCCUGCCCGGGGAGCUGGGGGAGCUGCUAGGGGAGGUGAGGAGCCUCAGAGCCCAGCUCCAGAGCAGUGUCCAGGAGAACAGUGUCCUGAAACAGCUGGAGCUCCACAAACAUCUGGAGCAGAAGCUGGGUGGGGGCGUCCACGGAGGGCUGGGGAGCAUUGGGGGGAUGGAGCCCCCUCGUACCCCGUCUCUCAGUGCCCUUACAGACAGCCCCCAGAGGGACAGCCUCUACAGACGGCAGCUACUACAUGACCCAGCGCCGUCUCCCCCGGUCAGAGACAUUGGGUUGUUUAACUGUGGUUCUCCAUACCACGUCCCCUACACAGAUCUGGUGGAGACCCCGCUCACUGCCAACGAUCUGGACCCCCACUCAGAGCUGCAGGGGGAUGCCCCGGACGGCUCGUUCUCUAACCGGAAUGGACGCCACGCCAUCGGGCACGUGGACGAUUACAGCGCCCUGCAGCAGCAGGUCCUGGAGGGGAGGAGUCUGGUCCAGAGAAUGGAAACAGCCCUUCAGGCCUGCCUCAGCCAAUCAAUGCUGGUAGACAGCCAGGACCAGGUCCUCCUGGACUAUGGCUGUGUGAGGACUCUGUUGUCUAACACCAAGACCCUGAGACAGAUCCUGGAGGAGGCUGUGUCCCUGCUGAAGAUGUUCUGGAGGGCUGCCCUGCCCAGCACCGACCGCUCCACCCACAACCUUAACAAGGAGCAAUGUAUGAAGGAGGAGAUUCUGUCUCUGAGGGGGCGUAUUUCGGAGCAGGAGGAGGUUCUCCAGGGAACCGUCCAGAGACUGAGGAGCACCAGCCGCACCAAGGAGAGCAUGGAGCACUUCAUCGUCAACCAGCUAUCAAGGACUCGAGAUGUGCUGAAAAAAGCAAGGACUAACUUGGAGAAGAACGAGCAGAGGAUUUCUUCCCUAAGCUCCUCCUCUUCCUCUCCUUAUGCUGCUGAAGACCGAAGUCCCGGCAAUGAACGGCCUACUGAUUGGAGUUUUUUGAAGCCGGUCGACGCCCCGGCAACGUCAAAUCAGCAUCCAGGAACCAGGAAGCGCAGCAGCCAGUGCCUGUUUUAGGUGAUGACCUGUUAUAGGAACCAGCCAGCCUAACACCACGACCUCUGAACUCUGACGUCACCGCCAGAACAGCCACGACCCCUCCUCCUCCUCGUUGCCUCAUCUCUAGCAUCCAACGUCCCUCCUCAGAUCACUCCAUGCUUCUUUCUCUCCUAUCUCUCCUCCACUUCUCUCCUGCCAGCAAUUUGUGCCCAAUGCUCCUGCCUCCUACACCUUGGGCCUUACCUGAACUCUUACUCCUUUAGUGUCAUUCCUCCACCCUCCUUUUGACUGUUCUCUUUCCCCCACCUCCACCCUUGUUCUUCUGUUGGAGUCUUUGAGCUCCAGAGACGGUUGGUCCAGUCUGAUGAUUACCUUGUUGUGAGCGUGAAGAAGAAGGUGGUUUUGAAACGUGCCUCUGAUGGUUACAGUAAUGUGCGCCCUUGACUGCUGUAGAAGGAGUAGGAUGAAGCUGCCCCUAGACAUUGAGCUAAGGUCAGAUUUGCCUUUUCCCCAAUGGUAAAGGUUAUGGGAUUUGGGGAAGGUAGGCUGAUCCUAGAUCUGUAGCUAAGGGAAGCUUCUACAUGGAGCAUAGUAGAUUGUGCUCUUCUGCCUGGCAGCUUUUGGACGGGAUAAGUGUCAAUGCAUGUGAACUCAUGGCUUGAGAAAGGAAACGUAUAGUAUUCAAACAUAUAAACACAUACAGUAGGGUACACAUAUAAAUAUAAUAGACUUGGAACCUCUAACCCUGGCAAUAGGGACGCCCAUUCUAUUCAUUCUAUUUCUGUGACAGUACCCGUGUCACACACAUACAUUCACAGACAUACAUGAACAAUCAAUUUCUUUCAAAACAAACAUUCAACUUUCACUGCCACAGAAAUGCAAACUUUAUGCUCGUGGCAUUUCAUCAAUGAGGACUUUCUUUGCAAGUACAAUGCAAAAAAGUUGAAUAACAUCCACAAUCUAGCUAGAUCUGCUGGAAUCACAGUGGAGGAAUGUAUAGGUGUAACACUUCUAGGUAAUUGUUUGCUAUAUUUAUCUGUGGAGGAUGAAGCCUGUGGAUGGUCUGUCUGCCAUUAGCCAAGGGUUCUGGAUAGCAGAACAAAGGCCCAGUUCCAUUUCAAUCACUAGCCACUUCCCCUCGCUCCUACGCCAUCGGUAUUCACAGAUCUGAAUAGACUGGAUAGGUGAAAGCAAUAUGUUGAUGGCUUCACCUAGUCCUCCGAUAAGUUAAGUUGAGCUUCCACUGUGUUGCUUUUAUCUAUCCAGUCCUGGCUGAUCUAACGCUGACAGGGUAAAGGCUGAAAGAAGGGGCUAGGGGCUGAAAUGGGCCGAGGCCGAACACGCGUAUUCAAGCUCCUCUUUAGGAGUCCUCAGACGAGCAUGUGCAAUAAUUACGUUGUUUAUUGAAUGAUCAUGGCGCACCAGCUUUUUGGUUUUUUGCCUGACACUGGAACUAAAGUAUUUAACCACUCUUGAUAAGUGAAAAAGACCGUUGGUGCAAUAUUAUACUAAUAACUAUCUUCUACUAACUUAGGAAUAUAGGAAUACUACUGACUGAAACAAAGUGAAGUUUUUAUGCAGUGUUGAUGCAUGAAAGAAGUUUUAAAAGGAAAAAUCUAAACAUUUGUUUGUGGAACAUGGGAUCACCAAUACUUGCCAAAGUUUGAACUGAACUCUUCACGUCCUUGUUUGCCUUACCCAUGCGAAUGACAUACUGUAGGAGCGGUGUGACUAUAGGAAGUCAUCAUCAGCCCAGUAUAUGAGAUCCUUUAUGACAUCAUGAUGGAGAUAUUUCAUUGGCUGCUCUUUGAGAGCCAUUUGAACCAGAGAGACGGUAACCGUUAGAUUAUAAAUGUGCUUUAUAACGAGCACAUCUUGUCAUAAAUGGACCAAAGAUUUCUAAAAGUGAAUCUUUCACACUAGGCUUCUAUUGCUUUGUGAAUUCCAAAAACUUAAAUUGUGCUCAUGUGAGAGAUGUACAACUAAAACAGAGAAUACUAUUGUGAUUGUUACAUUUCCAUUGGACUUUUUUGUCUCGGUUAAGACCUUCAUUGCAUUCCCAUGGUGUUGUUGGCUAAAUGUUCUGUGUCCUUUUAGGUGUUACAAACUUUGGCAGGCUACUGGUGGGACCAAUGUUCUAGAUUUCACCAUUGGUGAUGUCGCACCCAAAGGUGUUUCUUCCUAUGCUGCUUUUAAUUGUGUUGUAUGUUCUUGCUGUACAUUUGGCCAUUUUCACGCUGUAAAUCACUUGCUUUUUCACUGUAUUCUGUUGGCUGACCUUUUGGUGUGUGGAUAAUCAUGUCAGACAUUUGCUCUGUAUGCAAACGUUGAAUAUCUGGGUAGCUGUGCAAUAGCUCUACACUAUAUCUAUUUUAUUUUGCUGUUACACAUCAUUAUAUUAACAAUAUUGCUGCUUUCUUAAGUGUUUAUUUUCCUGCUUUGUAUGGUUUAUUCGUUUAGUUUUUUAGAUUAUGCCAGAUUGUAAUAAGAUAGCCACAUGUCUAUUAUGAAAUCACAAAGAUCUGCCUUUUCUUAGGCUAUAAGGGGAAUCAGUAUUAUUACUUACACACCCACCUAUAAUUAACCUUCGGAUGCUUGCCUUUAAAAGUAGCUUGGCCACUGCAAUUUGCUCCCAACACUUACUUGGAACUCUAUUCGAUCUGGAAAGCUGAAGCGUUACAGAUUCUGCAACAGAAAUGUAAAGGUCAUUUCCAAAUGAUCCAACAUAUGCAGCGUUGACCGUGAAUGCAGCCUGCGCUAAAGCGGGGAACAUUGCUUUUUAAAAAUGUCAAACACGCUGUAAAGCUGAACUUCCGCGAUGUGGAUUGAAUAGAGCCCUUGGAGUUAAUAGCGCUUGGUGUCUAUCCUAGGUAUAUAUCACAGUAGAUCUGCCAACAACGUCUUGUUUGCGCUCCACUCAAUUGAAAAUCCCUAGAGGGGAUUCUAAUAUGAAACAUUCUAAUAUAACAAACAUUCUAAUAUAAAAGCCCAUGCUGUGGGGUUCUUUUGGAAAAAUAAGGAUUUGAUGAGAAGAUUCAUAGAAAGAUUAGGGAAGAUUAAUAUUUUAUACCAAAGUAGAAAUAACCAACCAACCAACCAUAGAUGUACAGGAUUAUGUCAGAUUGGAUCAGAGUAGAACUGAACAAGGCCAGAGAGCGUGAACAAGGCCUUUUUAAUGCGCUGUGUAGAACGGAAUCAAACAGAAGUAUUUAGCUGUGUCUAAUAGUUGGUCCUGAAACUUAGAUUUAAUGCUAUGUGAUUGAAAUCGAAGAGCAGCUUGGUUUGUCAGGCUCUGUGUGUGAUAAAGUGUGCGCUGAUGAAGCUAACUAGGAUGCCGACACAGAGCUCGUCUAUGAGCUCUGUCUCUGAAGAUGGUCGCUGUGUGUGUGUGUUGUGUUGCCACAGUGUUAUCACAAUGAGGGCUUUUGGGUUCCAAAAAAUAAAUAAAAAUGUAUUUAAAACUUU